GUUUUUUUCUCAAAAGCUAUUCAUAAUGACUGUUGGAGCUACUGAUGCUGUAUUCCCUGUUCCUUCUCGACUACUAAAUGGAAAUGAUAUUCCAAAGCCUUAUAUUUCUAGUUUUGAAGACUACAAAACCAAAUGGGAAGAGAGUGUAAAAGACCCGAAGAAGUUCUUUGGCAAUCUUGCACGAGACUUAUUGAAUUGGUCAAAACCUUUUGAAACUGUUCAAAGCGGUAGUUUUGAACAAGGAGAUAUUGCUUGGUUCUUGGAAGGCGAAUUAAAUGUUUCAGUCAAUUGUGUUGACCGCCAUGCAUUAGUGACACCAGACAAGAUUGCUAUUAUUCAUGAAGGUGAUGAACCUGAAAAUGUACGCAACAUUACCUAUCGUGAAUUAUUACAGCAAGUAUGUCGUGUAGCAAAUACGCUCAAGGCAUUGGAUGUACGCAAAGGUGAUAAUGUGGCUAUUUAUAUGCCUAUGGUGCCUGAAGCUGUUUAUGCCAUGUUGGCUUGUGCACGUAUUGGUGCUGUUCAUUCAGUGGUGUUUGCUGGAUUCUCUUCGGAUUCCUUACGUGACCGUAUCAAUGAUUGUGGUGCUCGCGUUGUCUUGACAGCUGAUGAGGGUCGUCGUGGGGGUAAAAACAUUGCUACCAAACGCAUUGUCGAUGAAGCAUUGAAGUCAACACCUACCGUUGAACAUGUUUUGGUGUUGCGUCGUACGGGAUCCGAUGUGCCUUUUACCUCAGGUCGCGAUCUUUGGUGGCACGAAGAAAUGGCAAAAGCACGCCCUUAUUGCGCUCCAGUCAAUGUCAAUGCUGAAGACCCUUUGUUCUUACUCUACACUUCAGGAUCCACAGGUACGCCUAAGGGUGUGGUGCACACGACAGGCGGUUAUCUUUUGGGUGCCGCUGCUACUGUUAAAUACGUCUUUGAUUAUCAUGAAGGAGAUAUUCAUGCUUGUAUGGCUGAUAUUGGCUGGAUUACUGGUCAUACCUACAUUGUUUAUGGUCCUCUUGCACUAGGUGCCACAACAGUUUUGUUUGAAUCGACUCCUACUUAUCCAAGCCCAUCUCGUUUCUGGCAAUUAAUAGCCAAACACAAGGUCACUCAAUUCUACACAGCGCCCACGGCCAUUCGAGCUCUUCGUCGUUUAGGCGAUAAAUGGAUCGAUGGCGUUGAUCUCAGCUCACUUCGUGUCAUUGGUUCUGUAGGUGAACCCAUCAAUCCCGAAGCAUGGUUAUGGUACAAUGAAAAAGUUGGUAAAGGCCAAUGUGCUGUGGUCGAUACCUAUUGGCAAACAGAAACCGGCUCUAUCAUCGUCACGCCUUUACCUGGAGCCACAGCAACCAAGCCAGGAAGUGCUACUUUCCCCUUUUUUGGUGUUCAGCCUGUCAUUUUGGAUCCUGUCAGUGGUCAAGAACUUAAAGGAAAUGAUGUGAGUGGUGUCUUGGCUAUCAGUCAACCUUGGCCCUCGAUUGCUCGUAGUGUUUAUAACAAUCAUUAUCGUUACCUUGAUACCUAUCUCAAGCCCUACAAAGGAUAUUACUUUACAGGCGAUGGCGCUCGUCGUGAUAAAGAUGGCUAUAUCUUUAUUGAAGGACGUGUGGAUGAUGUCAUUAAUGUAUCGGGUCAUCGACUGUCGACUGCCGAAAUUGAAUCUGCUUUAAUCCUGCAUCAUUCUGUUGCUGAGGCAGCCGUUGUAGGUGGCCAAGACGAUUUAACAGGUCAAUGUAUCCACGCUUAUUGUACAUUGAAGCCCAACAUUGAAGAUUCAGAGGGCCUUGAUAAAGAGUUAGCUUUGCAAGUCAGAAAAGUGAUUGGUCCAUUUGCCACGCCUAAACGUAUUUAUGUUGUGAAUGAUUUGCCCAAGACACGGUCUGGCAAGAUUAUGCGUCGUAUUCUUCGAAAGAUUGUGAACGGCGAACAGGAUUCGUUAGGUGAUACUUCUACUUUGGCAGAACCUGCAGUUGUGACUCAAUUGAUUGAGCGUGUCCAUGGAAAAAAGCAGUAACGCCAUAUCUUGUUAAUAAAGGCGAUUGUAUAAAGAUAUAUAUCUUUGAUAUGUGUAUUUUUUUUAUGUUGCUCAAUAACACUUCGAACAUAAUUCAAGCUGAACAAUGAUUAUAUUCUGAAGCUAACAAUAUAUUCGAUCGCCCCAUUUUGGAUUCUGCUCUUCACUAAACAGAAUAAAGAUUACAUUAUUCAGG